GAUACCACACGUAGAAAGUGCCUCAACAAUGAACCGUUUAACUUUCAUCCUUGUUAUAACACUCGUAAGUGGAAUUAUAGCGCAAAAUAAUUUGCCAGAGAAGCUGCUUGGAUGUCAGCGCUUCGUAACCCUCGAAUACCGGCAUGACUUUCGAGAAUUUUCCGAAGAAAUAUUCGAGGAAGUUGCUAAGGAUCAGAAUAGCAGUUUUGUCUUCUCGCAAUAUUCCGUCUGGCUUGCUCUUGCGGCUAUAGCUGAGGGAACAGAUGAAGACACACAAAAUAGCCUUUUGAAAAUUCUCCAUUUGCCCAAAUCGAGCUGCUUGCGCGAAAAGUACUACGACAUAGCUACAAGUUUGGAGUCCUCUGGAGAAGAUAUUACUUUGGAAAGACGGCGUAUGUUUAUACUUGAUGAUCACACGAUACUCAACUCAACAUGGGCAAGUACAGUGCGUGCGAUGGGCCUGGUGGACACAAAGGUACUUCCCAUCAAGAACAACUCUGAAGCACCAGAAAUAAUACGAAAACUCAUAGGAGGUAACUGGACAGACAUGAAGCUGGAUUUAACAGGAAACUCCAUAUUGCUUGACUCAUUAUUCUACAAGGCACUGUGGACUACAGCUUUUGAGAAUUGUACCCAGGAUAACGUGGACUUUUUCAACGAUAAAGGGUUGAAAAUCGGCAAAGUUGAUUUGAUGAGGGUUAAGAAACGGGUGAGACUGACGUACAUAGACUGGUUGCAAGCGAAACUUCUAGAAUUACCAGUGGGGAACAACGGCAGGUUUAGAAUGCUGUUCAUAAUGAAUAUGAGAAAGAACUCUAUAUACAAAACUAUGGAUAACGUGCAGAAAUACUUAAGGAGAUAUCUUGAAACUAUGCCGCUACUUGUUCCUGUAAGUUUGGUCCCACUAGAGGUAGCCAUACCGAAGUUUAACUUGACUUCUGAAUUGGAUUUGAAGGCAGCUUUAAACCGUAUGGGACUGGCCACUAUUUGGUCAGACGAAAAUGCAAGCAAGUUCAUAUCAUCCCCACCGGCGAAACCAUCAGACUUCAUCCAGCGGGUCUCUAUCAGUAUGGACUGUGGGGGGGUGGACCCUACUCCCCCAUCACCAUGUCCUAUGACCAAUAUAGGUACAGGAUUCGCCGCAGCCAUGGGUCGAGGGUUCAUAGCCAACAGACCCUUCAUAUUCGGUCUCGUCGACUCUCAAACCAAAACUUGGCUGUUUUCUGGAGUUUAUUCUGGACCGGAAUAAUUUAUUUUCUAUUAUCAUCUUUUUUUAUACUUAAGAGUAAGUAGGCGCCACGAAAGAAGACGACCUUAAUAUUUCAUUGGUUUGGGAAGUUUGUUUACAUACAUU